UCUGGGAUGGAACACUGACAACAACUGCGAAGGAGACGCAGGGGAGAAAGUUAAAGAUUGAGUGCUUUGGCUUGUUGAGAAAGUAACCUGUAGUCUAAGCCCGCUCAACAGCCAAUAACAUCUCACAGGAGGUCCUUGGGAGCGUUAUUUCAAAUAUCAGGAGACCAUGAUGGCCAAUUCGUACGGAAGGCCCAGCGAGGGGGCAGAGCUAGUCAGCUCUCUGGAAUGGAUGGAUGAUGACGUGAGCUCCCCAGACAGAGACAAGCCAAUCAAAGCGCACCGCUACAGACCAGGUGGAAUGGGCCACCUGGGCAGGGAGCUGGGCAGCGAGGAUGUGGAGGAGGAUGAGGAGGAGGAGGAAGAGGAGGGCCAAGGGGAUGGGAACGCUCCCAAACGCAGAGGGCCCAAGAGGAAAAGGAUGACCAAGGCCCGGCAGGAGCGCUUCAAGGCGCGACGUGUGAAGGCUAACGCCCGGGAGCGCUCGAGGAUGCACGGGCUGAACGACGCGCUGGAGAACCUGCGCAGCAUCAUGCCCUGCCACUCCAAGACUCAGAAACUGUCCAAGAUUGAGACCCUGCGGCUGGCCCGCAACUACAUCUGUGCCCUGUCUGAAGCCCUGGAGGGGGACCAGUCCACGGAGAGCAGGGCCUUCAUGGAGACCCUGUGUGAAGGCCUCUCCCAGCCCACCAGCAACCUGGUGGCUGGCUGUCUGCAGCUCGGGACUGGGGGUUUUGUUGAGGAGAGGCCUGAGGACAGGCAUGGGGGGAGAGGAGGGCCCACAGUCCUGGGAGGGGUGGGGAUGACCGUUAGACCAAUCAGCUACUCCUCCCCCGGCCUGCCCAGCCCGCCCUAUGGCACAUUGGACUCUGCCCACCUGCUCCACCUGAGGGGAAUGAAGGGAGGGGCUUAUGAGAGCCACUCCCCUAAUGACUGUAACACCCCUCCCUACGACUGCCCCCCCACACCCCCUCUCAGCAUCGGCAGUAACCUGGUGCCCAAGCAGUCCUCGCCCCACUACCUCCUUCCUCACCACUACCCCCCCUCCUCCAUGGGCCUGUACCAGAGCGCCCGCUACGAGCUGCCCCUGGAGAUGCCCUAUGACUUGUACCACCCUCCUCACAUGGCACCCCCACAGAUGGGCACCGUCUAUGGGGAUUAAGGGCCAGAGAGGACAGAUGGGGCAGAUGUUACUCUCCCCAACAACACAACAGUCACCCUGCCCCAACUGGCUCCAUCUAAACCUAUGACUGAGGUGUUGGGAGAAAUCAGACUUUGACAUGAGAGACCCAUCUUGGUACUAAACACUGUGAAACCAGCCCAUCGUUGUGAACAACUGGGUAGUUACUUAGUAGAAAGUGGAAUGUUGUUUACAUUUGUGUACUGUAAAAGUUAAUGCUCAACACUGUCAAAGUCAGCUCAUGAUUGACUUUAAACCACUUGUUUGCAGUGGUUGUUUCUUAACGCCAAUUAGGCUAAAAGGCACCCCACUACUUGACCACUUACAAGGGGUUCACAAUAGGAGUAGUUCCUAUAGGUGGAAAGGCUGACUUGAAGAAAGACUUCAGCUUGACCACUAUGACCACUUUAUCAAAUCAAAAUCAAAUCAAAUGUUAUUGGUCACAUACGUGUUUUGUAGAUGUUAUUGCGGGUGUAGCGAAAUGUGUGUGUUUCUAGCUCCAACAGAAACACUUCUGACCAGCACUCGUCACAUGAAACAGAUAAUUCACAUUAAUGCAUAAUACAUUUAUUUAUUAUCUUAUUUAAUAUUUAUAUGAACUGCUGUUAGUAAUGCUGUGUUUAUCCUUUUUAUAUGUGUUUGGUCUUGGCCUUCUCUAUUUGUGCUGUCCUUGUUACAUUGUUGACUGACUCUGACAGUGUAUCUGUUUUCUCUCUGUGUCCAUUUCUCCUUUGUUGUGUGUUCUUUCCUGUUUCACACCGAAAAUAUAUUCUCAUAUAAUAUUGCUAGUGUGAUGUAGCUGAUGAUGUCUGCUGUUGUAAUGAAUGUCUGCUGUUGUAAUGAAUAGAACAAAUAUAAAUUUCAAAAUCGGAUUAAAGUUAACUCUCA